AUGGCCUCGAACCCCGGCCACUACGUCGCGGCGGUCAUCCCCGCUGACGCCGCGGCGGCGGCAAGCCGCAGCAGGGAGGUGAAGAAGCGGCGGCUGAAGCUGCUCCGGCCCGAUGACACGCUCGCGCUCGGCGGCGUCUACCGCCUCGUCAGCUUCGAAGAGGUGCUGAGGGAGUUCGUGUCCAGACGCCACACCACGCUGAGCCGCGUGGUCGUCGUCGCCACCGCUGCUGCCGACUACGAUCGCCGGCCGGAGUCGUCGGACCGCUCGCUUGCUGACAAGCAGAAGCGUGAUUAUUCCGAGAGAGAGGUCUUUGCAUAA